UGCCGCUUCCUCAUCCUUCGAUUGGUUGUCACGUGGUAUCCGCGGCGAACAUUCGCCAAUCUAUCCGGCGAAACGACAUCGAGGAGAUGGGCAUAUGUUUUCUUCACGCCCUCCCACCCGGUGAUCAGCCCAAGAUGGAUACGUCGAACCCACGCAUCAUUGAGUUGUUGGACAACUAUGGGUAUGUUUUUCAAGCUCCCGCCGUAGUCAUACCGGAUCGGCCCAUACGUCAUGGGAUCACUCUCGAGGACGGCGCCGUACCUCCAUGCGGAUGUAUCUACCGCAUGAGCGAAGAGGAACUUCAAGUGCUUCGAGCACAACUAGACGACCUCUUGGCCAAGGGCUGGAUUCGCCCUAGCUGCUCGCCAUACGGUGCUCCCGUUCUCUUCGUCCGGAAGAAGAACAAGGACCUUUGGUUGUGCAUCGACUAUCGUAAGCUCAACGCACAAACGAUCAAGAAUGCCAGCCCUCUCCCUCGGAUCGAUGAUCUUCUCGAGCGACUCGGCGGCACCGAGUAUUUCUCAAAGCUUGACCUCAAGUCCGAUUAUCACCAGAUCGACAUUCAGCCAAGAGAUCGGUACAAAACCGCUUUCAAGACGCGGUAUGGGCACUUUGAGUGGAUCGUCAUGCCUGUCGGUCUCACCAAUGCCCCGGCUACUUUCCAAGCGGCUAUGACGACGGAAUUCCGCGACUUACUUGACUGCUCCGUACUCAUUUACCUCGACGACAUCUUGGCUUAUAGUCGGUCGCUGGACGAGCAUCUCGAGCACCUUCGCGUCGUAUUGGAGCGGCUUCGUAUCGCCAAGUACAAGGCAAACCGCGACAAUUGCGAGUUUGCCCAGCAAGAGCUGGAGUACUUGGGCCAUUACGUCACGCUGAAGGCAUUCGUCCACUCGCGGACAAGUUACAAGCGAUUCAAGAUUGGUCGGACCUCAAUUUGCCACCGGAACAAAGGGCGCCAUCAGCUCCCGUACGGCGAACUGAAACCAUUGCCGAUUCCUCGGGCACCGGGUCUCUCCAUUGCUAUGGAUGUGACCGGUCCUUUCCCUCGAGAUCGCCUUGGUCAUGAUGGCAUUCUCACGGUCGUUGACCGUUUGAGCAAGUACGCUCGAUUUCUUCCAUGCAAGUAUCAUGCGACGGCUCCCGAGCUCGCACGACUUUUGCAUACCGGCUGGUUUUGUGGCCACGACGUUCCGGAAGACAUCGUCAGCGACCGCGACACUCGUUUCAUGUCGGCCUUUUGGACGGCACUCAUGGUGGAAUCCGGCACCAGCAUGAAACCGAGCUCCGCACGGCAUCCUCAAAYGGAUGGGCAAACGGAACGUGCGCAUCAGACUGCGCAGAUGAUGCUCCGCACACUCAUCCGCCCGGAUCAGAAGGACUGGGUUGACCGCCUUCCCRACAUCGARUUCGYCUACAACACUUCGGUGCACCCGGCGAUUGGCGUGACUCUAUUCGAGUUGCACCACGGUGGACGGAAAGGACGUAUCUUCGCAGACAUUUUGCUUUCACGGGUUGCCGAUAUAGACGCCGCUUGCUCCCCCGCUUCUACACGGAAGUACAGGGAACUGCUGGCCAAAGCCCGCGCAAACAUGCAAAAGGCCCAGGUCCGUAUGCAGCAGCAAAUGAACCGGCGUCACAUCCCAUGUCCAAUUCGCGCUGACGACCUAGUCUGGGUCGCCUCCGAGGAAUUCGCGCUCGAGCAGGACGUCUCGCGCAAGCUCCUCCCGAAGUGGUUUGGACCAUGGAUGGUCACUUCAGCAGCUGGCGACAACCCCGCGGGCCCAUCAUUCAUCGUUGAGAUUCCCCCGCAUUUGAUGGUCCACCUGAUCUUUCACGCCUCAAAGCUGGCAGUUUACACUCCAGCCUCCGCAGUGGACUUCCCGGGCAGAUGGUCACAGGACCCUCCUUCAAUGGAUGGCCAUCAGGAGGUCGACCACGUUCUCACGCAUCGCAAGCAUGGCAACAAGCCGAUACAGUACAAAGUUACAUUCAAGCAAUGCGAUCGGAACGACACACGCUGGAUCUCAAGAGCUGAUGUGAAGGCGACAACACCCCUCAUCUUCGCGCAUUAAGAAAAACAGCGACUUGCUAAGGAAG